AGUUAGGCGUGAUUUUAAUAAUAUGGUUAUUAUUUUAAUAGAUUUUUCGAUGUUUUUUUCAUCGUAAUAUCCGAUUUAUCAUCCUUGAGGAUCAAAUUACAUUCAAAAUAUUUGAUAUUUUGUGUUACCGUAUCGAAAGUUAAGUGUUAUAAUAUUAGCGAAGUCAAUAAUAUUUAUUACACAUUGUUACCAACCUAUAUCAACAAUUAUAUGCAAUUUUUAUUAACAUAGUCUGUGGUUAAGGUUUCUUUACAGUGUAAAACUGAAAACUGCAAGAAAAGUGUGCAAUUUUCUUUAUUGUGUGUUUAUAUAAUAAUUUGUUUUUGAUAAUGUUCAAUUAUACGAACUACAUUCAAAUUAUAUAUUUUGUUGUUAAGUAAAUUAUUGUUAAGUGUAGUUUUUGAGAACUUUUACGAGCUAAAUAAAAAUAAAAAUGAAUACUACGCAAAGUUAUUGGGAAGAUAUUUCAAAUAUGCAACCGGUAAAAUUUGAAAGUAGUAAUUCAAAUGAUGAACCUCCGAGGCUGAAAGAUGAACCGAACAGUUUAUACCGAUUUUGUGAUGGUAAUUUAAAUUUUGCAACUGUGGCUUGCAGUGAAGAUGAUUCGGAGUAUGGUAAUUUCCAUAAAAAAAAUAAAGUGUCAAGGCAAGAUCCUAUGUCCCAUCGUAUUAUUGAAAAGAGGCGGCGAGAUCGAAUGAAUAAUUGCCUGGCGGACCUAUCACGGCUGAUACCCGCUGAUUAUUUGAAAAAAGGACGUGGGCGUAUUGAAAAAACUGAAAUUAUUGAAAUGGCAAUUAAACAUAUGAAAUAUUUACAACAGGCGCACCAUAGUCAAUCUGUCAACUCUGAACAUUAUCGACUUGGUUUUCAAGAAUGUAUGUCUGAGACAAUGCGUUUUCUAGUUGAAGUUGAAGGGUUUUUUGCCCGCGAAGCACUGUGCGUAAAAUUAAUAAAUCAUUUACAAGCACAUUGCGAGGCAAUAUUAACUAGUGAUCGUUUACAUUCGGGCAACCCAAUUAGUCAAUCCACAAAUACAAAUUUUAAUCCAAAUAUUGUACAACUACCUCCACCGCAAUUACGGAGUCCAAUAACAAACACAAAUCAAAAUAUCAAUACAUCCUCCGUGAACAAUAUUAUACGACCAACGUCAAACUCAUCACCAAUGCAACAACAAAAUGGUGGACAAUUACAUCAUCAAGCGACAGAUUCACAACAAAAUCACUCUACGCCGUAUGAUAGUAAUACGUCUCAAUCUCAAUUACGUGAUAUGUUGACAACAAAAGAACAAAAUGUUCAUAUUAUAAGUGAGCCAAUACCUUUGACAACGACACGUCAAAUACACAGUCCCAAUCAUAAUAAUAUGAUGACAUCUUCGACAAAUCACCAUGACAAAUCGCCAAUGCAUCAUGACGUAAGCGAUAUGUAUGAGUAUCAACAACGGGCAAGAUCUGAACGUGAAGAAAAUGGGUCGCAAAAUGGAUCUGAUUACAUGAUAUCCGUUCCAGUAAAACCACCACGUUUUGAACGUACAUCCAAUGGUGGAGGAGGCAGUGUACCAAAUUCUUCCGAUACCGAAACAAGUAGUCGAGAAUGCUCGAAUGGUGCAUCACUUUAUAAAUUCAAAAACAACAUCAUGCAACGGAUUAGUCAACAAUCUGUUACCAGUUCUCUGUCCACGCAUAACAUCAACAAAUUAUACAAACGACGUAAAUUAGAAAUGCAUCAACAACAUGGCGGAAAUGGUGGUAGUGGUGCAAUGGCGGAUAGUAGUGGGGGUAGUGGCGCUACUGCCAUAAACACUAUAUCGUCAACGAAUGAGAAUUAUAGUUUUUCUGAGAACCAUAGUAGUUCCCCAACAGAUGGUUCUCAAACAUCACCACCAAGUAGUGACAUUUAUACUCGUAUAUCUUCAGAAAGUGAUAAUCAACAUCGUAUCUCACCAACGGGUAGUUCUGUGUCGGAUAAUAAAGUAACAAAUGGUAGACAAUCGCCGCGUAAACGUUAUACCUCAAGUUAUCCAAAACAUUUAAUUCAAAUAUGUCGUAACUCACAAGAGGUCUUACAAAAACAUCACCAUCAGUGUAAUAAUAAUAAUGUUGGUAAUAAUAUUGGCAGCAGUACGGGGAGUACAAAUGGUAUGAGUACAAAUAACAAUAAUAAUAACGGUGGUCAAACAAUUAGUGAAAGUAAAUUAAAUUUAAAGACAGCAAUAUCUCAAAUGUACCAUCAAAAUAAAACGAAUUCAUCGGAAAAACAGGCUAAUUUUAGUGUACCAAUAUUUGUGCUACAUGCCAAGGGUUCAUUUUAUAUACCAUUAACAAUUGACUAUAAUACAUUAGUUCCAUACUUGCAAAAUUAUAACAUUUUGGAUAUGUUACCACAAGGACAUACAAACAUCGUGUUACAUCCUGUAACCAUCAACGUUAAUUUUCAACCAGCGAGUGUUUCAGCGACCAUUAAUACUAAACAUCAAAAAUAUAAAAGUGAAAUGCAAAAUGACUGGCAUUAAUUUCAGUAUUUUUAUAAUAAACAAAACUCAAAAAUAAAAAAAUUUUUAUACAAUAAAAACAUACAUAACCUCAUUUUUUUGUGUUGGUUUUGAUCAUAGACAUAGAGAAUGAAUUACAAUGUUUGGGAAUAAUAAUAAUGCAUAGAAGACCAUGUACAAUAAAGUAGUAAUGUCCUUUCCCUUUUUUAUUUCCAGCCGACGAAAAAUGACUAAUGUGUUUAACGUUACACUGUAUUAUGUUUACCUCCUUAGAUUUUUGAUUCAUACACAAAAAAAGUCGAAAAUAAAACUAUCCAACGAACGUAUCUUAAAACUAUUUAAUUUCAGACUCAGGUCAUUUUCUGAUUUUCUUUCUUCGGCUGUGACAUUAUUAUACAACGAAAUUCUGUCAGCAAACAUUUUGUUCCAAAAUAUAAUCUAAUAAUCGGACGAAAAUUAGAAUAACGUAUUUUUUAGAUCUUGCACACUUUCGUACAUGUGUAAAUAACACUUUAAGAACAAUUCAAAACUAUGAUGGUGCUAAGCGAUAACUGUAUUAAUGAACUAAAUUCAGGCCCCUGUAUUUUAUUAGAUAUUUAAGUCUGUUACAAUAACAAAUUUUAAAUUAGUAAAAAUUUUACGAAACUUGACUUAAAAAAUUUUUCAAAUUGUAAUGGAAUUUAACAUGCACAAUCUUAACACAAAAACCCUCAGAUUUACUUUUAAUGAUUCUUAAUUGUGGAUAUUUAAAAAAAAAAAAGAGGACACAUUCGAUUUGACUCAGUUGUAUAAUAAUGUCGUGCUUACUCAUUGAAUGAAAUGAUGCAUCGAUUAGAAGUCAUAUUGCCGGAUUCCACUAUGUCCAAAAAAUAAUUUGUCAUUUCGUGGAAAGGCCACCUCGCACGCUAAUAAAUUUAUAGGGUAUUUAUAAUUAAUUAUCUUAUCAAGAGAUAAGUUUUCACACAAUAAUUUUAUCAUUAAUGUAAUAAUAUUGCCCAUAUUUUUAAAUAACUAAUAUGAUUUACUAUUAAUUAUUUAAAAUUAUAGAGUCAAAACAUAAUUAACUUAUGAAUAUUUCCACGCGUUGCGCUAAUAAAUUAGAUUUCACACGGUAAAAAUUACGCUUUAGCACGACAUAUAUAAAUUCAAAAGUUGGUAUUAUUAAACGAGAUAACACAUGAAAUAGUAUAUUAACUUAUCUUAUACAUUCCCUGUUCUUGUUAUUUGUGUCAGGUAAUUGCGUAUUACUACUCUUUCGUAGUAAAUUUUCCUCCAAAAAUAAGAUAGAAAAAGCAAUUUUUUUCAUAUUUUGUUAAUUUAGCAAAGCACGUACAUAUUAAGCAUUUUUGAGAGAGUACAUUGUAUAUCAUACAGGAAUGUGUCUUUGCAUUAGAAAAAAAGGAGAGAUGUUUUCCAGCAGAUUAGUAGUCCCUUUUCUAUGUCUAUGUUUUUGAGAACACAAAAAAUACUGCAAAUAAUGGAGUAUAUUUUUAAAUUAAAGGUAUAUUUUAAAAUAAAUUAAAAAAUAAGUGUGAAUGUUGUUAUUUAGUUUUUUGUGUUUAGUUGUGUGUUUGAAUGUUUUGAUUAUUGUUUUCUUUUCAUAUUAAUUCGAUGUCGAUUAUUUUUUGUAUAUAGCUAAUCAAUACGAUUUUUAGCGAUUAUUUAGUAUAGGUUAUAAUAUGGUCUAGUAAAUUCACUAUACUAAAUUUAUUUUGGGACGAUUUACAUAUUUUUUGAACAAUGCAUUAUUAAUAUUCUUCUGCUGGUAAAAUUUAGGAAAUAUAUUUGUGUAACUUUAAUGUAAUACCGAUAUUAUAUUAUAUCAUAGUCAUUCGUAUUUUAUUAGCGAAUUAAUUUUGGAAAAAUCGGAUAUUGCCAGUUCUUUCCUAAACACAAUAGUUCUUUUUUAAAAUCAUAUUUUACUUUGAAGUAUGGAGGGUAAAGAUAAUAAAGACCAUCUUAAUGUAUCAAAAAAUGUCCAUUGAAAAGCAGCAAAUAAGGAUAGCGUUGCUGUAGCAAAAGUGUAAGUUUUAAAAGAAGUUCUCAAAGUAAUAAGAGUAAGAUAAAGAAAACGAUCUAAACAAAUUGUUAGAGAAGGGUAGAGAAGUUCACAUAAAACACAUUUCGCUACACAAGGGCCAUUCUGGUGAAUUUCAAAAUGUUAUUUGAUGUUUUCAGAUGGGCACUUUUUUACUUUGACCGUAUUUAUUAUGGUUCUCUUUAGAUACUUCAACCCUCUAUACUUGGAAGAUAUAAAUCUAAAAAUAAGGGAAAAAAUUUUCCCACCCGUUUUUUUAAAUUCAUUUCUAAAUAUGUUUUGGAUAUAUUGAUUGAUACUUAUUUACCCUAAAUAAAUUUAUAUAAGAAUUUUAUCUAGGCCAAAAACAUUUGAAGGCUGAGAAUUUGUCAAAAUAUAUAGGUUAGAAUAAUUUAAUAUUGAAGAUUUGUUUUCUCUUUCUUUUUUUACUUAAACAAACAAUAUAUAAAAUGAUUAUACAAAAAAUCUAAUAUAAAUUAUAUUUAAUUGUUAAAUAUUUCAAAAGUCUAUCUUAAUUGUUAAAAUUAUAAAAAUAAAAUAUUUUUGGAAAUGAUAGUGAGAGACGGAAGUUUCUUAAAAUUUAAAGUGCUAUUAUCCUUUCAACGGCUACAUAAAUUAAACUGGCUGUAGUAGCAUUUGACUUUGGUUGGUGUACAUAUUGGAUAUAUAAAAGAAGGCGGUCCUAAAACGAUCCAAGCUAUUAAUAUGAGAUAACCUUUAAUUUUAUCAUUAAUAAACAAUUAAUUCAAUUUUUUUUAACUAUAAUUUUUCUUCUCCACUUUUUCCUAUUCUAUUUACUCCAACAUCAUAUGCUCUUACACCCAGUACAUGAGUUGUGUAGCAAAACAUGGUCAACAAA